GAAUUGUCUGCCUCGUUUACUUCACGUUGUUUAGCCUUUUUGAAAAUGUUCGCACGCAUCUUGUAUUCUUUUCAGAUCAACUGUACUAAUUUACACGGAUUAUUUUUUGUCCCGGUUUCCUAAUUCAGUUUACCGCAUAUAUAUUUAUAUAUCUAUGUGUUAUGUUUUGGUAGCCGCUCAGUGGUGAUUUGUUCUGGAGGUUUCCACUUUAUGUGUAGUUUUGAGAGGAGAGGAGAUGACGGUGUUUGUUUGAGUGGACACACACACACACACACACACACACACACACAGAAGUGCACGCGACACAUAGGCUUAAUACUUACACAUUAAUGGUACAGACUGCAUAGCUUGGUUGUAUAAUAAACCUCCUUUUGUCCUUUUUAUAGAUCAGGGAAACGCGUGAACAUGCUGCAUACACAAGCCUUGCUUUAUUACUGCCUGUGAUCUCUUCUGUGUGUGUUUUAAUUGUGUGUUGGAGUUAUAGAGCUGCAAUGAGCACGUGGCCUGGAGCUCAGCAGCCUGCUCUGCACUUUGGUCAGGUGGUCAUUGGGCCACCUGGUUCAGGUAAAACGACCUACUGCCGAGGCAUGCAUGACUUCCUGAGUCAAGUAGGGCGUAAAGUCGUGGUAAUAAACCUGGACCCUGCAAACGAAGGACUGCCCUAUCAAUGUGCAGUGGACAUUUCAGAGCUAGUCACACUUGAAGAUGUGAUGGAGGGUCUGAAACUUGGCCCUAACGGUGGUCUCAUCUAUUGCAUGGAAUAUUUAGAGGCCAAUUUGGACUGGUUAGAGGCUAAACUGAAGCAGUACCAUGAUUGCUAUUUCCUUUUUGACUGCCCUGGCCAGGUAGAGCUUUACACUCAUCACGGUUCGGUCCGAAAUAUAUUUUCCCAGCUAUCCAAGUGGAAUUUCAGGCUGACUGCGGUGCAUCUGGUGGACUCGCAUUACUGUGCCGAUCCAGCCAAGUUCAUAUCUGUGCUCUGUACCUCGCUGUCCACCAUGCUUCAAGUGGAGCUGCCUCAUGUCAAUGUUCUCUCCAAGAUGGAUCUCAUUGAGCAGUAUGGCAAGCUGGCCUUCAAUCUUGAUUUCUACACUGAGGUUAUGGAUCUGUCGUACCUGGUGGAACAUUUAGCCACUGACCCGUUCUUUAAGAAGUUCCACCAUCUGAAUGAGAAGUUGGCUGAAGUGAUUCAGGACUACGGCCUCGUGUCCUUUGUCCCUCUAAAUGUGCAGGAUAAGCAGAGCAUGAUGCAGGUCCUCCGCACUGUGGACAAGGCCAAUGGCUACUGCUUUGGUGACUUGGAGGAAAGAAAUCUGCAAGCUAUGAUGUCUGCUGCUGUCGGUGCAGAUUUCCAGUUUAACUUAGCCCUUGGAGUACAAGAGAGAUAUGUGGAAACCAGCAAAAAGACUUUGGAAGAAGAGGUCAUGGAUUUGUAAAUGUAAUAAAAGCUCCAUUUCAUGACUUGAUGUUGAUCUUUCCUAAAGUGAAGGUUUUGAGGUCUUAAGAUGUACCUGCCAUGAACAUUUUCAGAAUGAGGACUGCAAAAAAAAAAAACGUUCUCCAUAGUAAAUGUACAUUUUUAAUAUUGUAUACAGGAGCGUCUCCUCUGAAACUAUUGGACUGGCAAGGUCCAAAACUUUUAAACUAUGAACUGAACACAUUUUGGUCCGAGAUCAAAAGAGAAGAAA